AUGCCUUUUUACAAUAGUGAUUCUGUUGAACCACUGAUUGUUGUCAUUCAAUGCUGUAGGGCCAAAGUUGUGGGUGGUGAAGUGAGAAUAACCAGUUCCUAUGAUGCUACGAAGCUGUGGUUUAAUGAGGAUUGGGAAGAGUUUAAAGAGUUUAAGUCAAACAUGAAAGCUCAGGGUACUCCAAUGAGGAGUCUCAGUACUGGCACACUGCAUUCCAACUCUACAGGACUAAGUGAUUUUAAUAAUGCUUCUGUUAUUGUCACUAACUGCCAUGACAUUAAGAAGGUGAAACAGGAUGGGGACUACUAUGUUGCUGCUGAGAUUCUUGGGUUGGAUUUUGAGGAUGGUUGGUAUUACUUAUCAUGCCUGAAACUUGGAUGUAAUAAGAAGCUUAAAGAACAGGAAGGGACACUUUUUUGUACUAAGUGUAAGAAGAGUUGUAUGAUGGGUACAGUUAGGUACAAAGUAGUUGUUAUUGCUCUUGACAAGUCUGGAGAUGCUCCCAUGUUGCUUUGGGAUAGGGAAGUUACAGAGCUUGUGGGUAUUCCUGCCUCUAUUUUGUAUGCAAAAUACAAGGAGCUUGAUGUUGAAGUGCCACCUGAAUUAGAUGCUAUAGUUGGUAUGAAGAUGCUUUUUAAGAUCAACUUCAAACUGGCCCAAAAGAUGGGUCCCAAUUACCCAUUCAAUGUUGUUAGGGUUGUAAGGGAUGAGCACUUGCUUAAGACCUAUGCUGACAGAUUUGUGGAGCAUGAAGAGCAAGACUUAAUGUCAAGGAUGAUUGAGGAGGAAACUAACACUGAUGCAGUUUCUGGAGAAGAUUCUAUUGGAGUUGAAGUCAAUAGUCCUGCCACUGUCCAGCCCUCGCAAAAGGAAGGAGAAGACAAUGCAGAAAAUGCUGGUGCCAUUAAAAGGUCACUUUUGGAUGAGUUUUCAUCGUCCAAAACAAAGAUGCCAGGUGCUAAGGUUUCAGAAGGCAAACGGGAUGGAAAUUCUUUGGUUAUUCAGAGUAAGGAUGAAAGGUGUCAAAGUUUAGCAAAGAUGCUAGGUGGCCAAGGUUUAAGAAGGCAAACAAGAUGGAAAUAG